CUUCGUUUCUCACCUACACAAUGGAUUUCUCAACAUUCUCAAUCUUUCACAUUUUCAUCCUUCCUCUCCUUUGUCCUUCUCUUGUUUCUUCUUCGGCAGUUCGAGACCCUGAAUCUGUCGUAGCUGAAGUUCAUAAGAGCAUAGAUGCUUCGAGGAGGCACUUGGGUUACUUGUCAUGUGGAACGGGGAACCCUAUUGAUGACUGCUGGAGGUGUGACCCCAAUUGGGAGAGUAAUCGUCAAAAGCUAGCUGAUUGCGGGAUCGGGUUCGGAAAGGACGCGAUUGGCGGAAAGAACGGUCGAAUCUAUGUCGUUACCGAUGCCGGUGACGAUGACCCUGUAAACCCUAAACCGGGUACUUUGAGGCAUGCCGUGAUUCAAGACGAGCCAUUGUGGAUCAUAUUCAAGAGGGAUAUGGUGAUCACUUUGAAGGAAGAGUUGGUGAUGAACUCUUACAAGACAAUCGACGGACGAGGUGCCAGCGUUCAUAUAUCGGGAGGGCCAUGCAUUACCAUACAUUACGUAUCCAACAUCAUCAUCCAUGGCAUCAACAUACAUGAUUGUAAACCGGGUGGGAGUACUACCAUAAGAGACUCACCUGAGCAUGCAGGCCAUUGGACUCCGUCGGAUGGUGAUGGGGUAUCCAUCUUUAAUAGCAAGAAUAUAUGGGUUGACCAUUGUACCCUCUCUAAUUGUAAAGAUGGAUUGAUUGAUGUGAUCCAUGGAUCCACAGCAGUGACCAUCUCAAACAACUACAUGACGCAUCAUGAUAAAGUCAUGCUUUUGGGACACAGUGAUGAGUAUACGCAAGACAAAGACAUGCAAGUCACUGUUGCCUUUAACCAUUUUGGGGAAGGUCUUGUUCAGAGAAUGCCAAGGUGUCGACAUGGAUAUUUUCAUGUGGUGAACAAUGAUUAUACACAUUGGGAAAUGUAUGCCAUUGGAGGAAGUGCAAACCCUACAAUCAACAGCCAAGGGAAUAGAUUUCUAGCGCCAGAUGACGGUUCUAAGAAAGAGGUGACCAAGCAUGAGGAUGCACCGGAGAGCGAGUGGCGAAACUGGAACUGGAGGUCGGAAGGAGACUUGAUGUUGAACGGAGCUUUCUUCAGGCAAACCGGAGGCGGAGCAUCAUCGACCUAUGCUAGGGCUUCUAGUCUGAGUGCUAGACCAUCUUCUCUUGUGGGUCCAAUAACCGCCACUGCUGGUGCACUUAGCUGCAAGAUUGGAUCCCACUGCUAGAUAAUUUUGACGCAGCAGUAAACCAUACAUGCAUAUAUAACUUCAUGCAGACAUAUAUAUGCAUGUAUGUAUGCGGAAAAAACACAGUGGAAAAGAGAGAUUAAUGACGAUAAUGAGUUAAAAUAAUCAAAUAUAUUUCUAGUUUUGGUGUUUGGUUAUAGCUAAGAAUGUUAUAUGAUGAAGUGACAACCACUGCAUGUUGCUAUAUAGAUUGGAUUAAUAUAUGAUCAAUCUUAUGCAGUUUGUACUCUGAUGUAAUGUAAUGAAACCAUGCAACUGCAGUUUAGUGUUGAUUUUA